UUUGGUUAAAAAUAAACAUUUAAUCAAUAGUGUUUAUAAUAAUAUUAAUAAUAUAAUAAAUCGCGGGAUAUUUAAUAGUUAUUACUGAAAAUACUGCGGUUUGCCGUUUUGUGCGUUUAAAUAUAAGAAAGAUUAGUGCAAUCAGUGCGUAUAUGUAUACUACAUAUAAAAAUUGCGCUGGUAGAUUGGUGUAAUUGUACUUGAGCGAGUUAGAAGCGCUCCAUCUCGCUCUAGCUUAGGUUCCUGAAAAUAAAAUUUAUCGCGUUAUGUUUUGAUCGCUCGAAUCGUUUAGAAUAUAAUACCUGUAAUGUUUUAAUUUUCAGACAGAAGCAAUUAACUUAAAAUUGUAUGAAAAAUUAAACACAUUUCAUUGUAUUGAAAAUCAGUUAAAUUGUUCUGCAUGUAAAAAGCAGUUUGAAAUGUAUCAACACAUUCAAUUACGAAGAUCAUCAAAUUGGUCUUCUAAAGCCAUUUCCCAAAAAGUGAACGCAUCAAAUGUGUUUAAAGAAAAAGAAGUUAUUGAAAUCUACGAUGACGAUGAUGUGCUGGUUUUAAAGGAGCUGUCUAAUAAAAUGGAUGAACUUGAAGAAGUAAUAUUGGUUGAGGAUGAUGACGCUUUAAGUUUACCACAAUUAAGUAAUGAGAGUUGGGACGAUUUCGUGGAUGAAUUAACAAAAAAAUACGAAUAUGACGCGCUUCAAACAACUUCCGUACCUCAGACCACUACAGCAAAGAGAAAAUUCCAUAUUUCUGCUCGUAAUCUAUCACGAGCACAACGAGGUUAUGCCGCAACUAGAGAUGAUAGUGUGAUCAGUAUCAGUAGCGACGAAGAUGAACAAUCUAGUACAGUUCUACCUUCAGAGCAAACACAUUCUUCGCGUAAGGAUUUCUCUUCAAUGACACAAGUACCAUCGGCUACUAAUAGCUGCACCUCUCCAUCGCAGUGCGAGUUGUUAACAUCAGUGGUGAACGAAGGUAUUAAGAGUUUAGAAGAAGAAAAUAAAUUGGACAGUGGUCAGCCAAUUGAGCAUAUCGCAACAGCAGCUAUCGAAAGAGUAAAUAAUGAAACAACUCAAAGUACUGAGCCCAAUUUAACGCUGCUUGCGGCGGACACGCAAAACCCAAUAGAGCACAAUGUCAUGACUGAAACAAAUAGCAGUACUACCUGCACAGAUAAUAUAACAUUAUCAGAGUCUUUGCGGAGCAAGGCCCCUAGUCUGAGCAAGCAUAAAGGGUUGUCUGGAAUUAACAAAAAGUACCAUGACAUUAAACGUAGAACGUAUAAAUUGACAUUUCAUCAAAUUUUACAAAUCUUCGACAUUGAAGGGGCGGCCCUAUCAGCUAUAGGUGCAGUACCUGGUGAACCUAUAGAUUUGGACUUUCCAGAUUUUGAUAUGAGAGAGUUUGUUAAAAUAGUCAAAAAUUACCAAGAGACAGAGUCCGUAGAUGAUGUGAGACACUUAUGGACGCAGAUUAAAAGUUGGUUAAGCGCCAUGAAACCAGCAUAUGGUACCACUACAAAUUACACGAAAUAUCACAAAAAGCUAAAUUGGUACUUAUCUGAGUUAAUGGCACAAUAUAUUAAAUUCGAAAUAGAGCACAGCAUACAAAACGAAAACUACUAUAAAUUGAAAAUGGAGGCGUUGAUGCAUACCGUAUCCUCCUUGCUGAAUGAUGAUGUUAAUUUGAAAAUUUUAACUUUGCUGCGCACAAAUUUCCCCGACAGGCCCAGCAACUUUCUAGAUGAUCUCUUCAAGAAAUUCUUAACCCACCCGAAAGUGCGUUUGGAAAAUAAUGACUACGGUAUUUAUCGGUUGAAAGUCUUAGCUUUUCAAAAAUGGAUGCACUAUUCAAAUAGAAAAAAAGAAGAUAUAGUGGAUAUUGCGAUUAAAGAGGGUUCUGCUUAUCUACCAAGGCUGGUACCAAAAAAUACAGAAGAUCCAUUCUAUAGAGUUGAUUACAAUGUUCAGCUAAUUGAUGAUUACGAUAAGCAAGGCACAAGAAAAAUAUUGGCGGAGAACGUUAGCAUUGAUGUACUAAAAAAUACAAUUAAUAAUUAUCUGCUGGUGUACGAAAGGCAACUAUUUGAUGAUAUCGUUUAUAGAUUAUCGCGUCGUCAAUGUUUGGAGCACUUGCUAACUCGAUACCAAUUAUCAUACACGAAUUAAUUAAGCAUAAAGUAUUUCAAAAAAUCUUAAAUUUUUUUCCUUAGUUGAACGUCGUUUCGUAUUGAAACAAUGUAAAAAUUGGUAAAUUUUUUUUUUUUUUGUUUACAUAUUUUGCUUUACCUCAAAUGUCUAAGUAGCCAUUUAUAUAUUCAUGAAGAGUUUUUGUAAUACAAAAAGUAAAUAUUAUUUUUAUGGAAACGGUUAUCAUAUUCAAUGAUAUAUGGUUGUAACGCUUUAAGUUUACGCGUGUGAAAAAAUAUUUUUUACUAUCCAUCGUAAAUUGAAUUGAAAAAUUACUUCAACGUUUUCAAAUCCCUUGACGUCGUGAGCCGCCAACCGCCGAAGUUCUCUAUAGCAAAUGUUUGAAUAUAAAAAAGUUGGGUUAAAAAAACAAUUAAAAAAUAAUUUUUAUAAUUUCAAAUUU